AUGCAGACGUGCACCCGCGAUCAAUGCGACAUCCCGCAGUCAAUGCGUGGAACUGCCGCGCGUCGCCAUCCGCGCGCCGCCCCGUCCCGUCGGUCGCCGCUGCCGCCCGACAGCCCGGCCGCCUCGCCUGCCGCGCGCCGCCUGCUCGCCUGCAGCCGCCUCGCGUGCCGCGCCCGCCUGCCCGCCUCCCCGCCUGCCGCCACCUCGCCUGUCGUGCCCGCCUCCCCGCCUGCCGCCGCCUCGCCUGCCGCGCCCGCCUCCCCGCCUGCAGCACGCCGCCGCUGCCGCGCCUCCUCGCCUGCCGCGCCUCCCCACCGACACCCCACCGAUGCACCCCCGACCCGCGGCUAUAUAAACCGGCGCCCCUCGCACGUAUCCCCCGUCCCACCGGCGCCCCACGAAUCCACCGCCCCCCGACGCCCCACGCAUCCACCGUUCCCCCGACCCCCGCCGGAGAUGGCGUUCUACCGCGGCAGCAGCAGCAGCGUCGGGGCCGACGACGGCAUCCCCGGAUCCUGGCCGACGAGCCUCGGCGAGCCGGAGACGGAGGAGCUCCACCGCUACUGCUUCCUCGUGCCGCCGGGCUGUCGAAUUCCACGCAACUGGAAGAUCGACGCCGACGGCUACUCGACGCCGGGGCCCGGCACGUCGGAGGAGGAGCUGCGGAGCCACAGCGGCGGUAGGCACAACGCCAUCGGCCGCCGCAACUUCUGGCGUGGCAAGGACUACUGGGAGGUCAUCGCCGCGUUCCGCCUUGCGGCGGCCGGCGUGACCCCCGAUCUGAUGGGCGGCAGCGGCCGUCUUCGCGCCCCGCCUCCGCCACCGGAUCGCCGCAGACGUGCCGGCCGCCACGGGGCGCACCCGCCAGCGGCGCCCGCGCCGACCGCCCCUCCCUCGUCGCCGGAGUUGGAGUUGUCGCCGGAGCAGGUCAUCCUCCGGGAGGACGGCGAUCCGAAUGAUACGCCGGGGUACCAUGUGGCCCUACGGGCGUCCGAGGCGGCUGCGGCGAGGGAGGCCGCCGAGGUCGCGGCCGCAAUCGAAGCGGCCGAGGCGAUGGCCGCAGAGCAGGCGGCGAUGGCGCUAGAGGAGUGGCAGCAGCCGCCGGCGGAGUGGCAGCAGGAGUGGCAGCAGCCUCCGGGUGUGUGA